AUGAGCGCAUUUUCGAAUUCGCCGCUGUACAAGCAAAUUCUCCGGCCCCUUCGUAGCAAUUCCAUGCUUGGACUGUGUGUCAUGACGGGAUGUAUGAGUGUAUUUGUGUACUGGUGGCACGCUCGAAGUAUUCGAGCCACAUUGCGUCAAACACAAGAAAGCUGUCAAAUUACAGCGGAUAAUGCUUUUGCACAGAGCAGGCAAUUGUUGAAAAGCCUAGGGGAUGACUGGGCACAAGAUAUGAAGUCGCGUGAUGACUCCGUGCGGCGACUGGAGCUGCAAAACGUGGAACAGACACGCAGCAUCGCCCGACUGGAUGCGGCAAUGAAAAUGUGCAUUGCACCAGGUCCAGAAAUAUCACAAUGA